AUGAGGGUUCCGACCGUCUGGCUGAUCCUGCUCGCGCGGGCCGCUACUGUACUCGGCACCAACGCACAGUAUUAUCACGAGACGCAUGGAGGUGAAAGAAAUGCUCGUGGUCACAAGGAUCAUGCCCUUGGCCCGAAAGCGGACGUUGUCCACGAACCGAGCCAGCCGGUGGUUGAGCAGCCAGGUGCUCAUCAUGUCGAGCUCGCCCUCGCGGAGUUGCGUAAGAUCCCUCGGCCGUCCUACCAGCGAAAACGCCGGCCAGCCAGCGUCAUAGGAUCCGCGCUUCGGUACAUUUCCAAAGUCAUGCCGACCGGCCCCGGCGGCGCUCCGUCCUCGAGCAAGUCUUCCAAGAUCAGCGGCCCUCUUCUGAACGCGGUGCAGCUUCUGGACAUGGCAGCUUACGUGAACAACUCCGACGCCCUCUCCCUCCUGGCCGAGUUGAAUUUCUUCGCCAACUUCAACCACCCGCGCAACCUCGAGGCGGCCUUCAAAUACUACCAACAACUGGCCACCAUCCACGGCAACACGACGGCGCAGUACAUGCUGGGCCUGUAUCAUUCCACCGGCAUCGGCGGUGUUGUUCCCCGGAACCAGGCCUUGGCGCUCGUCUACUACACCUUUGCGGCCGUCCGAGGCAACACCAAGGCCGAGAUGGCAACCGCUUUCCGGCACCACAACGGCAUCGGAGCGAGCAAGAGCUGCGAAUCGGCCGUGAAAUACUACAAGCGAGUUGCCGACAAGGCCAUCCGCUGGUACCGAUCCGGACCUCCAGGAGGCAUGUCGUGGGUCCAUCAAGGGUGGCGCAUCGCCGACGACGACGGCGGCAUCUACGGCGAGGGCGCCAGCGCCUCGAGCUCCGGCAUCAACUCUCGAAAGACGGUCCCCCACUCGGACGCACAUGCCGCCAUCGGCGACGUCAUCGAGUACCUAGACCUCGUCUCGCAAAAGGGCGACUCGAAGGCGUCGUACAACCUCGGAAGGAUCUACUACGAAGGACAGCGGGGUCUCGAUAAGGAUUUCGACCUGGCGAGGAAGUAUUUUUUCCUCGUCGCGUCGAGAUUCUGGAAAAAGGACAACCGCAUUGCCGAGACGUACACGAAGGAGGUCGAGAAGAUGGCGGCCAAGGCGGCCGGCUACAUCGGCCGCAUGUACCUGAGAGGCGACGGCAUGGUCCAGAACUUUGAACGUGCCAAGAUCUGGUUCGAGCGUGGCAUCUCGCGCGGCGAUGCGCAGUCGCAGUACGGCCGUGGCCUGAUGCUGCUGAGCGGCUACGGCGGCAAGGGCAACGUCAAGCUCGCCAUGGAAUACUUUGCCGCCGCCGCGAACCAGGACUACGCGCCCGCCCAGGUGCAGAUGGGCAAGCUCUACCUGGAUCAGGGCGAGGCGGAGGACGUGCGAAUCGCCAACAACCAGUUCGAGCUUGCCGCGAGGCACGGCAACAUCGAGGCGAACUACUACCUGGCCGAGAUGGUCCACCACGGCGUCGGCAGGGAAAAGCUCUGCGGCGUGGCGCUGAGCUACUACAAGACCGUUGCCGAGAAGGCGGAGCCGUUGGUGUCGUCCUGGGCCGACGCCAACGAUGCGUACGAGUCGGAGGAUCACGAGCUCGCCCUACUCCAGUACCUGAUGGCCGCCGAGCAGGGUUACGAGAGGGCGCAGACCAACGUCGCCUUCAUGCUCGACACGGCACAAUCCAAGCUGCCGUCCAUCCUGAAGUGGUUUCGCAAGGGCAAGAGCAGUCUCAUGGACAAUCCCGGGCUCGCGCUCAUCUACUGGACUCGGUCGUCGAGGCAGUCGAAUAUCGAUUCCAUGGUCAAGAUGGGAGACUACUACUACUACGGCAUCGGCGCCGGGCGGGAUGUCGGCAAGGCGGUCCAGUGCUACACCGGAGCGUCCGACUUUUCGCAGAGCGCCCAGGCUCUCUUCAAUCUCGGGUGGAUGCACGAGAACGGCAUCGGACUGACGCAGGACUUUCACCUCGCCAAGCGCUAUUACGACCACGCGCUCGAGGUGAACGAGGAAGCGUACCUCCCGGUGACGCUGAGCUUGCUGAAGCUUCGGAUUCGGAGCGCUUGGAACACGAUCACGCACGGCCCUGUCCAUUCGAUUCAAGACGAGCCACGAACAAGCAAAGACUGGUCCUUGGCAGAGUGGAUCGCCAACUUCCUCGACAACGACAACCUAUACUACGAUGACGAGGAGUACCAGGAGAAAUCAUUCGACUCGACCAUCGGCGACGGCGAGGAAGGUUUCGACGACGACGGCGGCUUGCUCGAGAGCUUUCUCAUCAUCGGCAUCACCAUGGCCCUCGUAUUUCUUCUCUGGUGGCGGCAGAGGAUGCAGCAAGCCCAGGCCCAGGCCGAGGAAGGCCGGAGAUGGAACCAGGGGCAACCGCAUCCGGCUCAGGGCAACCGGGGGGACGGAGGAGCGGACUUUCGAGCGUGGGCGGCGGGAGGUCUGGGGCUGUAA